AUGAAUAAGAUUUUUACAUUUUUUGAACAUUACCUUUCAUGUCUACCUACAAUUUUUUCAAAUGGCUCAAUUAAAAAUUCCGAGGUUCAAACAGUUGUUGUAGAGCCAAAUUAUAGGCCAAUGAAUAUACGAUUAGAGUUGAUUCAAACAAAUAACGGUUUCGAAAUAAAGCGUAAUGAUUUGACCGAUUCUGUCGAUUCACGUUCAAAAAAAGAAAAGCCAAUAAAUAUAAUGUUGGAAGUGGAUCCCACGAAUAACUCUAUCGAAAUAAGGCCUAAUGAUUCAAUUAACAAUGAUUCAAUCAAUAACUCGACAAGUUCAAAUUCAUCUAAAAAUUCAAUAAAUAUACAAUUGGAAUUGGUUCCCGUAAAUAAUGUGAUUAACUCGAAUGAUUCUCGACCAGCUAAUAAUGAAUUUGUAGAUAUAACGCUUCCUAAAAGUAAUGCAACCAAAUCAAAACCUAUUAUAAAUCCAAAUUAUAUCUUGACAGAUCUACAAUUAACUGACGAUGUACUAUUUAGUAUUCAAUUGGAAGAAACUCUUAAAAAUAUUUCUACAGAUUCGUCUUAUAAUCAAGUCGAUCCAAAAUCAAUUGAGAAUGAUUCUACAAAUAUACAAUUGAAAGCUGUUUCCUUAAAUAAUACUAUUGAAACGGAUUCUGCUGAUUUAAAUAUGGAUACCUUAGAUUUACAAGUGACCACAAACCCUGAAGAUGUUCCUGUUAAAAAAGAAUUAACUGUUUCUGAUGUUUUAAGUAAAAGAAAAAGUGACCGUCCCAUAAAUUUACUAUCACUUCAAGAUAAUCUACCGGAAGAGAUGCAUUUGAAUAAUGCAAUGUAUAUAGAACGUGACUCACUUUAUAAUUUGGGUUUCCAAUUUACCACAAAUCCUGAAGAUGUCUCUAUAAGUAAUACUACUGAAAUAGAAUCUGUUGAUUUCAAUCUGGACACCUUAUGCUUACAAGUUACCACAAACCCUGAAGAUAUUCCUGUUGAAAAAGAAUUAACUAUUUCUGAUGUUUUAAAUAAGAGAAAAAGUUAUUCACCCGUAACGUCACAGUUAACUCAAGAUAUUAUACCAGAAGAAAUGCAUUUGAAUAAUGCAAUGGAUAUAAAACGUGAUUCAAUUAACAAUUUGGAUUUACAAAUGACCUCAAAUCCUGAAGAUGUUUCUGUAAAUAAUACUAUUGAAAAAAAAUCUGUUGAGGACUCCUUAGAUUUACAAUUAACUACAAACCCUGAGGAUGUUCCCAUUGAAAAAGAACUAACCGUUUCUGAUGUUUUAAAUAAGAGAAAAAGCUAUCAUCCUAUAAGAUCACAGUCAAUUAUACCGGAAGAAAUGCAUUUAAAUAAUGCAAUGGAUAUAGAACAUGAUUCAAACGACAAUUUGGAUUUACAAUCGACUACAAAUCCUGAAGAUGUUCCUGUUGAACAAAAAUUAAUUGUUUCUGAUAAUUUAAAUGAGAGAAAAGAUGUUCUACUGGAAGAGUUACAUUUGAAAAAUGCAAUGGAGAUAAAAUAUGAUUCAGGUGGUUUCACAAUUUACGAUAAUUCUGAAAUAGUUUAUGCUUCAACAGUUGACUGGAAUCAAAAUAAUCUUCCAAAUGAUUGGGCUGAUAAUUGGAAUCAAAGUUAUGUUUCGACUGAUGACUGGACCGAUGAUUCGAAUCGUCAAGAUCAUUCGGCUGAUGUUUGGGAUGUAGAUUACUUUACUGAUGACCUUAAAGUAAUUCAUGUAGAUGAUAAUGUUUCAACUGACAAUUGGACUGAUGAUUACUUGAGACAUAAGGAUCAUUUAGCCGAUGUUUGGGAUGUAGACUAUUUUACUGAUGCUUUAAAUGAUGUGGAAGAUUUGACUGAUAUUGUUAUCUUUAAUGAAGAAGAUCCGACCGAUUUUCUUAAUUCAAAAGAUGAUGAUGUAAAAGUGCCAAUUAUUAUUCCAACUAUUGAUGUAGAAUAUGUUGAGGAUGAAUCGCCUCAAGAAUGGACAAACCCAGAAUCUGAAGAUUAUAUUCUUGUAAUAGAAUAUUUGUCAAAUCAAGAUUUGCGUAAAAAUUUAGGCAAAUUAGUACGGGAAGAGUGGAAAACAAAAUGGUACAUUUUAUUUAAUAUAGCUAAAGAUAUAGAUGGUAUACAUAGUAGUG